AUGAUGCGCAUAAAGGACUCGAUCCAUAUGCGAUCCUCUGGAAGUCCGUUUGACACAUAUCGCGAACAACGAGCUGCGAUGAAUCUCAUAUCCAGGCGAGGAGAUGCUUUGCGGCGGCGGUGUGCCCCAUAUGCCCCGUAUAUGCCCCAUACCGGCGUCCUUUCCCUGUACCCAAUUCAUCGGCGCGUCCUCCGUCGCCCAUCCAUUAUGCGUAUGCGCGCCCAGGACCUGUGUCAUUAG